CGUUGAAAGACAAAAUAAGCGGGAGAGCAGAUGAUCAGGCACCAUUACCCGCAGGGAGACACUAGAAGCAUGCUCCAGAAGUGAGGGCAUCGGAAGGAACUCGUUGCGAGAAGCUUAUAGAGAGAAUUUGGAUCCUGAUGUCUGCUUCCAGACCACCAAUGCAUUGGCUGUCAACUUGCCGAGGAAUGGCAAUUCACCGAGGGUUUUUCUAUUUCCUCCAGCCUUUUCACAUGGUGGAAUAGGGUUGUGUUUAUGUAUAUUCGAUUCUUCUGCUAAAUUGCCAGCAUAACUGCAAAGAGGCAACAAGCUUCCAAACCUGGGCUCUCUGCCAAGAAUGCAAUUGUUCAAAUUCAACACUGUGUAGUUCCAAAAUCCGGUGUCGAAGAAGUCUUCACAGUGUUUUCGCUGUUGGACUUCUCCGCGAUACUUGGAUUCUGUAUGGCAUGUGUUCUGUCUUACACGUUUGCGAACACGUAAUAAGACCAGCCGUUGUCGAGGCAACCAGUCUGAAUCAGUCCUUGAAUCAGCAAUAGAGAUCAUGCCGUGGUAACAUCAGGACCAUGGCAGUGUACUAUGUUAUAGGGAUCACUGUUCCUGACCUUGCGGAUCAAGAGAUAUGGAAGGUUCCGGUACUCGAUCUCAACAAUGCUGGAAUACAAGUUCAUUCCGAGAAAGUCCAUGAUGGCGUUCUACUCCUGGAAUGCUCAACAGAAGACCAUAAUGAGACUCACCUGCUGGGAGCUCUCCAAUCGAUACCUGCCGUCUCAGAUGUGGAGAUUUACGUCUCGGCUCCUUGUCGAAUACCUAUCAAAAAGUGGGAGCUCGCGUCGCUGGACUUGGGAGCUGCAGGUCAAGAACUAUUUGCGGAGACGGGGCUAGGGAUAUAUCGGAGAGGGAUAUCAAAGGAGCAGUUGAUAGCGCUUGAGGAAAUUUGCAAUAGUCGCAUUGCGGAUGCGCAUUCGCGGCUACAAUCCCAUCACGAUAUUGACGUUGGUUCACAACAGUUUGCAUUUAAAGAAUUGGGAAGUCGAGGAAAACAAAGAUUUGAUUUGAUUCUACCCGAAAACAAUGCUGCCAUUGGACAAGUUGUUCAAUCGGGGCCUUGGGUUCCGCUAAUACGCAAGGUACUGAACCUUACGGACACCGCAACCCCUCUUCCAUGUUUGGUCAGCGUCGUAUAUUCCCUACCGGGGGCUGAUAUCCAAAGUUGGCACGCUGAUGGCCCUCCGUCGAGGCCACCAUCACGUCCUUACGCCGUUUGCGUCUUCUUACCGCUUAUUGACCUUACCUGUGAAACCGGCUUCACUCAGUUCUGGCCAGGUUCUCAUAAGGAUGCCGGUUUGCUUGGUUUUGGGCCCGCUGCUGAAGUCUGUGGGGCGACCGUCGACGGAAUGGUCAGCAAAGGUGAUGCUGUGAUAUACGACUACGGGCUUCUUCAUAGAGGAAUGGGAAAUACCAGUAAUUUGCGGAGACCUGUGGUUCAAAUGGUCUAUCAUGUGCCUGGCUGGCAAGACAGGAAGAAUUACGGACGAGAAAGUUUGUUUUCUUAGAAAGGGCCACGAAUCGAUUGCUUUCUCUGCAGCGCGAAUGCUCUCUUUCAGGCGGAACAUGUGGUUUCCUAUGAUAGAACCAAACAUUUGGACACUGGCAGUGGCCUCCCCAACACAACAAGGCAAGCUACGCACGUCACAAUAAUGCAAAGCUGAACGAUCGCGCAUAGAAGAAAUAGAGAUGAAUAUACAUGUUUCAGUACCAUCUCCUUCAAAACGAGUGGUUACUGGUCCUGUUAAAUAUCUGUGGCGAUAUUUGCCAAGCUGCAAGUUUUGUUAUUAUGUGGGUAGGAUGCUUCUGAUACCCAAGGUUUUUGGCUCUCGUAGGGAUGAUCCCUACCCUUAGACAAGCGCGGGAAAUUCUAGAUCAGGAUGAAUCCUCUUUCAAUUGCAGCUUAUUAUCAGAUUGGAAGAUUAGAAUUGUGGCAAUAUAUUACGUAGAACUAAAAUAAUAUCCGUGCAUUCUGUGGUCCCAAA